GCUUCCUUUUCCGGCGGGAAGAUGGCGGCGGGGCGCGUGGUGCCGAGCGACCUGUUCCCGUUGGUUUUCGCUUUCCUGAAGGAGAACCACUUCGAGGGGGCCGCGCGCGCUUUCGGGAAGGCGGCCGGAGUGACAGAGCAAGACCCCAAUGCUGCUUCUCUCUUAGAUGUUUUCAACUGCUGGUUGAAAUCUCCUGAAGCCAAAAAGCGGAAGGCUUCUCCUAAUGGUCCUCUUGCGAAGAAAGCAAAGAGAAAGUCUUCUUCCAGUUCUUCGAGCUCCAGUGAAGAUGAGACGCCCCCAGCCAGGAAACCAGCUGUAGGAAGCCAGCCAGCUUCUUCCCGUAAAGCAGCGGUCAAGGCAGCCCCCGCCAAGGCAGAAAGCAGCAGUGACGACUCCAGUGACUCGUCAGACUCGGAGGAAGAAAAGAAGAAGCCAGCCAAGAACGGAACAGAUCUCCCGGCGAAGAAACACCCCUUGAAAACAAAGCCUCAGAAGAAGGCAUCGUCGAGUUCCAGUUCUGAUUCCAGUAGUUCAGAAGACGAAGCGCCGAAGAAGCAACCACCAAAACAGGAAACCAUCAAAAAGGCAGGAAAGUCCUCUUUGAAGCCAGACAAGGUUGUCAAGGGAGUGCCCAGAAUUACCAAUGGCCCAGCAGAGGGCAGCAGCAGCAGCAGCAGUAGUGAGGAUUCUGACAGCGGAAAAGGUAUACCUGCAAAGACUGCCCCGAAGAGAGCCCAGGUAUCUAAACCUGAAGCUGCCCGGCCACCCGUCAAGAAAGGCAAAGCUGUGAGCAAGCCGAGCAGCAGCAGCAGCAGCGAGGAUUCCUCUGACAGUUCUGAAGACGAGAAGCCGGCCUCAAAGCCCACGCCUGGCCAGUACAGGGCUGUCCCACCACCUUCGACCUUGGAGCCAAAGAAAAACAAAGGCCCAGGUGCUGCUUGCAAGAAAACUGACAGCCAUGGCAAAAAGGAGCAGAAGUCAAAGAAGACUGCAGUUGGACAGCCGGUAGCUAAACAACCAUCUCACUCCAAAUCUGUUGCUCUCGCCCAAAAAGGAGAGUCUUCCUCAGAGAGUGAUUCGGAUUCCAGCUCCGAGGAGGAAGACAAGAAGAAGGUGCCGAUCAAGCAGCGUGGCAAACCAGCUGCAGCAAAGGGAGUCGCUAAACCAGCGCAGGCCAAGCAAGCAGACAGCUCCUCUGAUAGCUCAGAUUCCGACAGUUCGGAGGAAGAAAAACCGGCGAAGCCAGCUCCAAAGAAGGCAAACAAAGCUGGUAGCUCCUCUGGCAAAGACAAGAGAGCCCCGGCAUCGAAGCCUGGCGCCAAGACUACCAAAGCAGUCUCUAAAUCAAAGGCCCCUGCCGCCAAAUCCAGCAGUUCGGACUCAGAGAGCUCAAGCAGCCAAGAGGAAGGGAGCAAGCCUCUCUCAAACUCAGCUGGCAGAACACGCGCAGGCCCCAAGGCAGCUGUCGGGAAGCAGGCAGCGGAUGCCAGCAGUAGCUCUUCCGAUAGCUCCAGUGAUGAUGAAGAGCCUAAGAAGAAAGGAGGUGGGCUAGCCAAGAGCAGCCAACGGAGCUCUAAGCAGCAGCCCAAGGCCUCGUCCACGCCUGCAGCGAAGCCUUCCAAAGCGGCUGGUCUCACAAAGAACCAAGACAGCAGUUUGGACCAAGGGGCAGUGAAUGGAGGCCUGACCGGCAAGAAGCGGAAAAGGGAAGAUGAUCAGGUGUUGGAGACCCCUGAGCUGAAGAAGAGCAAAGCCAAACCUAAGACACCCAACUCGUUCCCCCAGGUGAAGCGGCCGUCAAGUCCUUUCCGCAGAGUGAGACCAGAAGAGAUUGAAGUGGAUUCACGGGUAGCUGACAACUCCUUUGACGCCAAGAAAGGAGCAUCUGGGGACUGGGGUGCCAAGGCGAACGACGUCCUGAAGUUCACCAAAGGCAAAUCCUUCCGUCACGAGAAGACGAAGAAGAAGAGGGGCAGCUAUUGCGGCGGCAUGAUCUCGACACAGAUCAACUCCAUCAAGUUCGAGAGCGAUUGAAAUCCGGAUGUGUUGGAAAGACUAAAAGCAGGGUGGGGCUACGCGGUCGCCUUUGCGGAAGACUGUUGCCGUGACGGCCCUGGCAUGAUGAGCCCAGAAGGACGGCUGCUGCUUCAUCUUACGAGAGAGCAUGGCAGGGUGGGCUUCAGUGAAGACCACUGGAUCAUGCUCCGCAGGGUUUCCUUAACUUUUAGCGAUGUACCAUCUUGUUUUAAAAGGAAAUGAGUUCUUGCUUUCCUGAUAAAGCAUUGAGUAUAUUUGUUAAAUA